AGAGCUGAUGAAAGUUGGAGAGAAAAGAUAGAUGAAUUGAGAAGAAUAGAUGUGUAUUUGUGUGUAUAAUGAGAAUGAAAGAGGAAUAUUUAUAGAAUAAAAAAAGAACAAAAAAAUACCGUUGAACGGUAAUAUUACUAUUUUUAAUUUUUUUUUAUUUAUUAAAAUCGAAUUUAAAAAAUGAUUUAUUGCGUCAGCAUGACGACGCCCACUCGCGGGCCGGCGAGUGGGCGUCACGUCUAGCGCCAGCGCGCGCCACGUGGGGCUAGCAUGUGGCGAGCUAUCUCGUGAACCCACCCUCCGGGACGAGACAAGGGACGAGAGGGAGGGCUGCAUCGGCGUUUCGCAGCCGUCUUGUCUCUCCAAGACGAGACCGAGACGGGUGCUAGACGUGUUGCAGAUGCUCUAAUAUUUCAAAGCAGCGAAAAUGGUGGACGGUGGAAUAAUUAGAGGAACAUGUAGGGCUAGAUUUCCACGCACCAAAUUUUAAAACUCUUUUUUUGGCUAAUUUUUUACACUUCUCUUUCGUAUAUUAGGGUAUAUUUUUAUGUCCACGCAUUAAUGGAACUAUUCACUGUUAGCAAGCAAUCAAAUUUAAUUUUUAUGAGAUGUCAGAUCAUAAUUAUUUUUUUAUUAAGGAAUCACUUAUUAUACAAGUGAAGCAACUUCAUUUUUGUAAACUUUUUCCCAUAUUUAAAAAUUUUAAUCCCUCAGGGUCUCAGACUAUGGUGAGAUCUCUAGCUCAUUUAUUGUACACCAACUAGCUGUUGGUGUGUGUUUUGAUAUAAGAUCCUAGAAGUUAAAACUAUUUUUUUCCUGAUCACCCACAUAUAUAAGUUCCUUAAUUUGAAUUCAAUAAUAGGCUAGAUAGAUAAACAAAACGCGACAUGAUCAUAACUUUUACGACAUAUUUGGUCGUAUACUCUAACAUAGAUGAGUUAUCUAUCCCACAAAACUGCAUUCAACUCGGAUAAGAUAUAAUAUAAAACUGGAUCAACUUCCCGACUCACCUUAUUUCUCGAUAUUUAAAUAAGCAAUGUGUAAACUAAAAACUAAACUACAGUAACAUUUUGCAAACACCUAAAAAGUAGUCUAGAAUUGAAUAUCAACAUAUACAUUCAUUUUUUAAUCCAAUUUCUCCUUAAAAAACUAAACGUAGAACUUACAUGUCUCUUUCCUCUUGUAUAUACAUUCCUUUUUCCAACAAUAUGUUCCUAUAUAAAAGACAUUCUAAUUCGGGGGUUUUGUGCAAAUAUUUUUCUUUGAAACCUUUUUCCCAAUCUUUUUUUCAAAAUGAAAAAAAGGAAAAAAAAAAGGAAAUGCUAUGUGGCCACAUUAUGGCUGGCCAUAAUAGGAUAUUUUGGUCAAUAUACAUACCAAACAAUUAAUAAAAUCAUAAAGAUUUCAUAUAUUCUGAUUUAAAAGUAGUUAUAGAUAUUAAACAAUUAAAUUAUAAAAUAUAAAACAAUAAAUUAAAGUUUAAAAAAACUGAGUGGAUAUCUAACAUAAGAAACGAAAAUGAGCUACAUAUUCAAAGUUCCAAGAUGAUUUGACACUUAGUCUUUUAUGUGUAUUAUUUCGGGACAAAGGGUAAAUUAGUCUUAGAUAAUUGUUACUUUUAAGAUGAACUAAAUCCAAGUAAAUAAGCAUUAAAGGUAACAAUAUUUUAUUUUUAUGGCCAUUUAGCACUACUCAAAAAAAAAGUGGAAGAAUAGAUGAGAUAAUCCUAUUGAGACAGAAGGGUGAGUAUUUUUGAAAACAAGAAUUCAACAUAGGCCGAGGUAAUCACGGAAAGACUUAAAAGUUGAAAACCAAACUCAUGUGGUAAUGUGUGGGAAAAGGCACUAAAAUAUAGAAAAAAACUGCUAGAGUCAAACACAUCUCCCGCCUAAAUUCAUGGGAUUCUAACAUGGCCCUAGUUUCAUUAAUUUUUCCAGCUUUGGUAAGUGUUCAAGAUUAAUUAUAUAUACACAAGCUUGAUCCAUUCUAUUAAGACUAAGCUCCUUUGUUUUCUUGAUAGCUCUGAUGGCCUAUCCUACUCUUUUGUCCCUAGCCCUAUUCAUUCUAUGCAACACCCUAGCUUUUGCUAAAGAAGCUCCUCAUUUUGAUGGACUACUACCAAAUGGAGACUUUGAAGUAGGGCCAAAGCCAGCGCACCUGAAUAAAACAGUGAUAAUUGGGAAGUACUCCCUCCCCAAAUGGGUUAUCUCCGGCCUAGUUGAGUACAUCCAUGGUGGGCCUCAGCCAGGCGGGUUCUACUUCGCUGUCCCGCGUGGGGCCCACGCUGUGAGGCUCGGAAAUGAGGCUUCGGUAACACAGUACGUCAGGAAUCUGAAGCCAGGAGCAAGCUACACGCUCACAUUCGGCGCAACCAGGACCUGCGCCCAAGAUGAGGUGCUGAGGGUUGCUGUCCCGGGACUGUACAGCGAUCUCCCAAUCCAGACGCUGUACAGCACCGACGGAGGGGAUACGUACGCCUGGAGUUUCAGGGCGAAUUCCAGCGUUGUGAAGGUCACAUUCCACAAUCCCGGGAUGCAAGAAGAUCCAACCUGUGGACCUCUCCUCGACUCCAUCGCUAUCAAGGAAAAGUUGCCCCUGAAAUUAACACCAGGGAAUUUGGUGAAGAAUGGAGGCUUUGAGACAGGCCCCCACGUCUUCAAGAACUACUCCACUGGAAUCCUCGUCCUCCCCAUGCGCCAGGACCUGUGCUCACCGAUCCCCGGAUGGAUCGUCGAGUCAAUCAAACCUGUCAAAUACAUUGACUCAAAGCACUUCAAUGUGCCAUCGGGACUUGCAGCAAUUGAGUUUGUGGGAGGCAGAGAAACAGCACUCUCACAAAUUAUUAGAACAGUUGAAAAGAAAUCGUACGAACUCACAUUCACCGUUGGAGAUGCUAGUAAUGGAUGCCACGGGACGAUGACCAUGGAAGCUUUUGCAGGCGGGAAAAGUGUAAGUGUUCAGUUCACAUCUCAGGGAAAAGGGUGGUUCAAGAAUGCAAGCCUUAAGUUUGAAGCAGUUUCAAACAGGACUAGGAUUAGAUUCUGGAAUCCAUUUUAUCAUACUAAGAUGUAUGAUUUUGGUCAUAUGUGUGGCCCUGUUAUUGAUAAUGUGAAAGUUGUUCCAGUUGCUUAGCUUAGAAAGGGUUCUAAGAGUGACAAACUACCCAAAACAGCCGUACUUUACAUUCCUGAGUUCUAUAAAGUGUUUCAUUUCUUUCUGAAUUGUUACAAAAAUUGAUGAUAUCAAUAAAAACUUGAA